AGCAUUACCUCAUCCUUUUCCCCUCGCGCAGGUAUAGACGUACAACAACAAAUAAUGUUACAGUCGCAGACUGGACGAGGACGAUGAAGGGAGUGGAAGUCGAGAGAGAGAGAGAGAGAGAAAGAGAGAGAGAGAGAGAGAGGGAGAGAGGUCUAUACUCUACUGAUGAUUAAUUAAGCAUAACAUAUCCUUUUGGAUUCUUCAUCAAUUUGCUUUGAGACCAUUCGGUUGAUUAUAUCGAGUUAUAUGGUGUGCAAGUUGAUUUCUGCGAUAUUUCCAGUAUCUUCGUUUGGAAAAUCGUCACUACACAAAGGACAGAGAUGGUGUUCUACGGGGAGAGAGAGAACGGGACACGCGAGCGGCCACCGCUGUCUCUCAUCCUACCGCAUCUUUACCUAGGUGCAGAGACUGACGUUACCCAGGAUUGCCUCGGCGCCCGCGGGAUCUCAUACGUGCUAAGCGUGAGCCGCUGCAGCCCGCAGCCUACUUUCCUUUCCCGUUCCCAGUACCAUCGCAUCCCCAUUGACGACUCUCUCCUUGACGACCUGCUGCCCCAUAUCCCGGAGGCACUGCGUUUUAUCGAUGGGGCUAUGUCAUCAGGUGGAUCUGUGUUAGUUCAUUGUGCUGCAGGAAUCUCUCGCUCCCCUGCCCUGGCUGUGGCCUACAUUAUGUACAACCUGGGGAUGGACCUUGACCAUGCCUACAGGUUUGUGAAAGAGCGCAGGCCUUCAAUCUCCCCAAACUUCAAUUUUCUGGGUCAGCUACAACACUUCCAGGGAACCCUUGCUCAGAAGGCCUCUAAUGGCAACCCCACUAUCCAGCCAAUCAGAUCACUGGACACAUGCCUGCAGUCAAGCAAUGAAAACAUUAGCCGCGGUUCCUCUGUCCCCCUGUCAGCCAAUCAGAUCAUGAAUAUUCAGGACAAUGGCUAUGUUGCUAAGGACUUUUUAGAGGUUGCUAAAGUGCAUAAUAUGUACAAUGAGAAUUCCACUUGUAACAUAGAGAACAUAGAAACUCAGAGUCUAUCAGAGAAGCCACAGCAAGAUCAGAGGAGCGUAUCGUCACAACUGACGCUGUCUCUCUCCAGCAGACUCAGAACGCUCACUCUCAACCUGAACCAGAACCAGAGGGAGGCCCAGAGCCUGUGUGGAGCAAUGACUCCAAGCCCCAACGAACCAGCGAUACCAACACCAAAGCCCAGUACACUACAAAUCCCAACAGGCAUUGUGUCUCUCUCUGAGAAGCGCAAGAGCCUCACCCUCUCCCUGUCUCCCGUUGGUGCAAUUCCCCCUACUCCCCACCAGAAUCAGCCAGAAAGCAGCAACAGCAUUAGCCACAAGCCAAUGCGCUCCAGCGCUUCCAACACCAACCACAAGAUGGGGGUAGAAGGCACCAGUGGUUCAAAAAGGCACGGUCGACCUUCGACGGUGGCCCUUUCCUCCUCACAGACAGAUGUACAACAGAGAGAGAGGAGCACAUCCUGCGGUUGGCCCAAUCGCUGCUCCUCCCGAACCCAGGCGAAGGGAGAGAAAGAGGGAAGAAGCCAGGGUAAAAGAGAGCCCGGCCAGAGUGUGGAGAAGGGGAGGCCUAACUUAACUCCAAAGACAGGGAAGGACCACAGCAAGGGAAGAGCAGAGAGGGAGACACUAACAGGGAGCCUGAGCAGCAGUUCUGUUUUGAACCAGCACAGUAUCGUAGUUGACCAGCAGGUGUCACCAGCAGCUACGCUGUCUGCAUCUGCAGUGGAGGCUGAGGAAGGAGUGGAUGCUGAACAGGGCCACCUGUCUCCUCUCAACCUGACUGUCAACAAGCUGCUGGGCUGGGGUGAGAAGAUGCUGCUGGGGGUGCUGCUCGGCCCCCGGAUCAAAGUGGGACAGGCUGUUCUGCCCUAUAGGUGCUGAUGCAGUAAGAGACCACUGGCGAGGACAGAGAGAGGACUGAUAAAUGCCAGGAGAUUGAUUUGUGUGCGUGUGAGGAACUAAAGAACAGAGAACUGAACUGCAUGUAUAAUAUUUGUCUGCCCAUACCAUGUUCACGGAGCUCUGAGUGAAUGCUUUGUCCUAUAAAUGCCAAUUUAUUGUUAACUUCCUUCAAAAGCACUAUAUAUAUUACAUAUAGGAGCAGUUUAUGCCUCCAACACAAUGCACAUAGAUUAAGUUUAUGGCUUGAUUAUUUUUAUUUUUAUUUAUUGAUUGACAUGAAUCAAGUGAUCAGUUUAUUGUUGUUAUUUAUACAAUUAAUAUUUUGAGGAUGGUAUUUUGGCACUGUUGUUUCUAAUGGGAUCACAGUGUUAAUUAAAGAUGACAUAUUUUA